AUAGACGCUUUUAUAGGUCUCACAUGCUUAGCGCUCUGAGUUGCGGCUCAUUAUGUUGCGGACGCGUGUUAAUAACAGAAUUAAAAUAUGAUGCAAAAUUAUAGAUUUUUACUUAGAAAUUUAUUUUUGCUUAUCUCAAUUAUUUUAAUGAAUGAAGUACCAAAUAGUGUGGGCCAAUCGUUGGAAUAUCCAUUAAACACAGGAACAUCGGCACCUCAAUACACAACAUCAGCUGAAAGCAAACUAAGUUGUCCCGAAGGAACGGUUUUAACAGACGGCAAAUGUAGAAAAAUUAUUUGUCCGUUUGGUGAGUAUUACAAUGGACGUUGUUUGGAACCAGCAUGUCCGGAAGGGCUUGUUUGGCGUGGCCGCAGAUGUCAAUCACCUGCCUAUAUAACAACGAUUCUAGAAAUUGAUAAUGUUUUUACCAGUAAAGUUAGACAAAGUCAACCAAAAAUCAUACCAGAAAAUGUUAAUAAUAUUUAUUAUCAUACACCCAAACCGGAAAUAGAAAUAACAAAGAAAAUGUCAACAACAGCUGCAUAUGAUAUAGAAACCAUAACAACAGAAAAACCCAGAACAACUAUGCGUACCACAAGGAAAUCUAUCAAUCCAGGACUGGUGAACGAAACUGAUUGCUGUACAGUAAUUACACCACGUAUCUGUAAACAAUAUACCAGCACAUGGUUAUGUUUUCAUCAUCGUCGUAGUAAAAUUUGUGAUCCAAAAGUAUGUAAAUAUCCUGUGAUGUAUCUCAAAGCACCAAAGACUACACUUACUCAUACAAAUAAUACACACAUACUUAUUAUGCCCCCAAAUCCACCAUUGGAGGCGUGUAGGACACCAAACUGUGACAGCUCAAAUGUUGUGGAUUGUUCGGGAUGUGCGGAAAAUCGUCGGGAGACCUGUUCUCCAUUCUGUUAUCAAUAUACUUGCCUAAAAGGUUUUUGUGGCUUUAUGGAUAUGCACGAUUAUUGUGAACUUUAUCCGGGUGAGUUCGGUUGUAUUGCAGAACAUGGAUGCAUUUGGGAUUGGUGCGGUGAAAAGUGUAAUACUUGAUGUUACAUCUGUUUAAAUUGGAAGUGUUAAUAUAUAUACGUAAAAAUACGAACUAUAAG